AUUUAACACUAAUUUACAACACUUGAUUUUUCAUUCAACACGAGAUGGACUCCCAAAACGCGAGCUUCAAUGCUGGGCAAGCCAAGGGCCAAGCUCAGGAAAAGGCUAGCAACAUGAUGGACAAGGCUAGUGAUGCUGCUCAUUCUGCUCAAGACUCCAUGCAACAGGGUGGACAACAAAUGAAGGAAAAGGCACAAGGAGCUGCCGAUUCUAUCAAAAGUGCUUUGAAUUCAAUAAAUUAAUGAAGCUAAAUGGAUCAUUUAUUAUGCUCGGCUUCCCUUCCAUUCAAUAAACUUUGUUCUUGUUUAUCUACAUAUUUUGUAGAAACAUAUUCUUUUUUUAUUUCAGAUGUAUUCAUCUUUUUUCUAUUUGUAGAAGCAUCAUUCCAUUUUAUUUCAAA